AUGUUGUAUGAGGUGGUAUAUGAGAUACUAUGUAGAAGUCUCAAAUCCUGUUGGGACACUUACAGAACAACGGUAACAUCCUUAGAAGACUUUGAGCAUAGACUAAAUUCAGCAAUUGAAAGAAAUGCCUUCCUAGAGAAUGAACUUGAUGAGAAGGAGUCAUUAGUGGUCACAGUUCAAAGGUUAAAAGAUGAAGCAAGAGAUAUGAGAUCAGAGAUCGCUGUGAAGGGGGUAUCGGAGCCCAUGCCAGACAACGAUGCAGAGGUAGCAGCGAACGGCAGACAUACGCCCUCUGGUGACCACACGGUGGAUAACAAGGUCCUUCAUGAGGCACAGACGAAUACCACCCCAGGAAAAGAUCUACAAUCCAAUUCAACAGGAGUAGCUGGCAGUGGUAACGCUCCUCUCACACCCUCAGCCAGAGUAUCUGCUCUCAACAUUGUUGGGGAUCUACUCAGAAAAGUGGGGGCUCUUGAGAACAAGCUUGCAUCAUGUCGGAAUUUUGUCAAAGAAAAGGAGGUUCCUCGGAAACCUGGCAGUCCUGUCGACACACCAAGGCAAACGAAAAGAACGCCAAGAGCCUCGACCACGACGCCGUCUUCAAAUUUACCCGGGGUUGUGAAGAUAACUGUAUGAACUGACUCCAACUUAUAGAACAAUAUAAAACUUUUGAAUACUCCUAUUAUAGAGGAUGUUGCUUUGAAAUGUGUAUUCGACUGCAAUCCCCCUAUAAGGGUCUGGCCCUUGAUUGGUGCAAGGCGGAUGGACUACUACAGAAGGCCAGCUUGCACUGUACAGUUUAAUACCUUCAGGGCCAAAUUCACAAGACACCUCCAGGAAUGCUGCAAGGUCGUUGCGCACACUGCAUCAGAAUGCCUUCCAUCUGUCAAAGCAGCCUUUGAAGAACUUUGGAAAGAGGAUCCUUCGCCAAGUGGAGGCGGGAAAGGAUCUAUGUAGAUUUCGUAUUAUAAUGUCAUGCCCUGAUUUUUCCCUGUGUACCACCUAACCCAUUGGCUACUGAAAUCAAUGGAAAUAGUUCCCAGGUCUUUGUAUUGGGACUGCUUGGUUUCAGAAGCCAUCAGAUUAAAUGUACACCCUAUUUACACUAUCUGUGUGUUUUCAUCAAGAAUCUUGUCAAGUACAAUGUUGGCAUGAAUCCAUUGGAGUUCUAUUUUUACAUUGUGAUAAGAGAGGUGUAUGUCUCAAUAUUAUUGUGGAGGCUGACAAGGCUUUGGUCCGUUGCUAUACUUCUGUCUGUACCACUCUUGUUUUAUCCAAAAUCUUGCCUAUUGGAUGUUUUCAUUGGAUGCCUUCGUUUUAUACCAGAAAGGCUAGAGAGAGUAAAGCUAAUGAUUUGAAUGUUGAAAGGUUGUAAAAUAGCUUUAUUCUUUUCAGCAACAUAAUUGGUCAAGGUUCAUGACUUUCAACAUUUUUGCACAAUGCACUACUGUGCAAAAGCAGUGUACAUGGAAAGGUGACAUCACAUACUGAUAUAUUAUCAGUCAAGUGCCAUCACGAUAGACACUAGUUGGAAAACAUGAUCAAAUUGUAGAUUACUGUAUUGAAAGACUGUUUCAUGACAUUCAUGCUCUGUUUCAUUAUUAUAUAAAACAAAUAAUGCACAUGUCCUGUCAUGUGUGAAAGUAAAUGCAGAGAAAAUUCAGUUUCUGAUGGCAUACACUGGGGCAUCCGUGGCUUGUGCAGUAGUACAAGGCCUGUCUCACGAUACCUUAUGUCCACUGCAUUAUACUAACACACUUGUUCAAUUGUUCUGUGUGUUAUGUGUACACUAAAAUGUAUCCCUUUUCAAAUUUUCAUCAAUGACAGCAAAAUAGGAGCAGCUGACUCUAUAUUGAGCUUUCAUAUUCUCAUUCUAUUACAUAUUGAAGUCUACAUUGUGAUUUAAACUUAAGGGACAAUUUACCUCGAACAUGGUAGGCAAACAAAAUGCUUUUUCAUGUCAGAAAAAAAAAAAUCCUAUAGAUAAAUCUUUCAUGUACAAGAUUUUUGGAAUGCACACCAGGCACAUUUAUUUUUAAUCAGUGCCCAGUGUUGGAUUCUAGCGAGCCUGCCAGGUGACGUGAAGGAGAAAAAAUUCUCUGUGGAUUAUUUCAUGGAAACGAAAUAAUAUUUAACCUGUAUUUCAGCUUUAACUAUAUCUGGAGCAAUAAAAAUGCUUUUGGACUCUUGUAGAACCUUUGUUCUAUGUGUGGUCACAAGAGGAGUGUUGCCCUGUGUAAGUCUGCUUCUCACCUACUGGCAGCACACGGGUGGUUGUCGAUGUUCUAUCCAUCUGGUUUCCUGUGGUACAUGUAUGUCCACUGCUACUUGACCUCAUGUUGUCCAAUGCUGAUGUGUUAUUCCUCUGCUCUUCCAUUCUUUGUCCAUCUCUAGGUGGAGGCAAAUCAUUGGCUGUCACUGUUCUGUCCAUCUGGUUUCCUGUGGUCUGUCCACUGCUACUUGACUCCAUAUUGUUUAAUGGUGGUGUACUGUUAAACUCCAAUGUUACGUUCUAAUUGGCUUCUGAAGGGGUCAGGCUCUGGCUAAAAACUACUUCAGAGUCGAUGCUUGACAUUGAAAUGGAGUCCAGUGGUAUGACGUCAUUGUCAUCCAUCAUUUCACUUUCUUCAAAGACGACUGGGAGGGAAUCAUCAGAGACUGCACUGUCCAAUGUAUUCUUUGUGGCUAGAUACAAAUGCCGAAUUUUGCAUUUCCAAGUACUGUUUAGAAGUCCAACAUCAAGUUGAUCAUCAGGUUCUUUAUGUGUUGGGUCAGUUAGGAAAUAAUUAAAGUCUUCAACUUUUCCUCUUCUGUUCUUCCCAUCGAGGAAAAACCAAUCCAAAACCAUACAAAGGAUUUCUUUUAAGGUAUAAUUUACCUCAAAAGUCUCUUGUCUAGUACAACCUCCAGAGGGAGCUUUCACUUGCUUGAAGGUCUUUGCUCGUGCAUUGAAAUCCAGCCACCCUACUUCAACCAGUUGCGUUUUCUUUUCAGCACAUUUAUUUCCCUGUUGAGAGCUCGAUCUCGAAAGAUUUACUUUUUGUAAUUUGUUUCUAAGUUGCUCGUUAAUGAUUUUUUGUUCCUUCUGGCCUUGCAACACAGCUGGAAUUUACAUAGGCUUUCACUGCAAUGCGGUCCCCAUGCUUGGUAAAUAGUUCUGAAGUUGUUCAUCAGAGAGAAUUCCAAUGACGGCAGCAUCAAUCUAUAAGAUAUAAAAAAACACAAAUGAUAAAUAACUGCUCCUUGCAUUAAAUCAUAGACAAUGAAUUACAACUCAUUCACUGGACAAGUAAAUGUGUUAAUCCUAUUUUUACUGGGCAAUUUCAGCUCUUUUGGACUUUUACUUGGGACCCCCUCGGAGAUCUCGAUCAUGAAAUAAUAUUUCGAGGGAACAAAAUAAUUAUUUUGUGGGAAUGAAAAUAAUAUUUUGAGUGAAUGAAAUAAUUAUUUUGUGGGAAUGAAAUAAUAUUUAGUGGGAAAGAAAUAAUAUUUCGAGGGGAACAAAAUAAUCCACAGAGAAUUUUUCUCCUUCGUGUCACUUGGUGGGAUCCGUAGGAUUCCUGUUGACUUAAUAAUUCAUCCAGGUUAAUAGCAUAGAAUGCUAUGAUCCACAUUGCAUGAUUCUAAUACAUGCAAGUCAAUCUGUUAAAGUAGAUUGCUGCAUAAAUAUAACAUGCCAAAAUGUUUGGGUUUUUUUUUCUAGUGAUAAAGCAAAUUUAGUCUUUCUGUUGAACAGAUAAAGACAUGUUUGGUUCAUUCCAUAUUGGGUUAAGAAACCGAAGAGGGCCAAAUAUGGUUUAAAUAGAGUGGAGUGGGGGAAAGAGGCAAUGAAAAGAAUUCUGCUCUUGUAUAAAGGAAGAGGAGGAAACAAGUAUUUAUGAAUAAAAAAUAUUUUCUGUAUCUUUUUAAAAUAUACAGAAUGAAAUUGAUAUGAUGCAAGCAAUUUUGGAAAGUGUAUUUUUUGUUGUUCUUUUCUGAAUGGUAUUCAAUAUUAGGAAGUUUCAGCUUGUGUGUGUUUUUUUUUUCUUUUUAGGCAUGAAGGGUUAGUUGGACAUGCUAUCCAAUCGUAGUGAACUAAUCGAUAAAUUAUUAGACUAUCAGUUAUUGGACAAUUGCAGUUGCGCUUUGUAUCUGUAACUGGUGCAUUUCUACGUUGUGCCAUUUUGCUCUGGAAAAAAGUUGGACCAAUUUCUGUGUCAUGUCUCCAGAAAGCAUUUCAUUCUUAUGAAUGUGAAGAGACAUAACCAUCAGCUGAGGUCAGCUGAAGUGCAUUUUAUUAUUAAUAGAUGAAUUUGUCUGUUGCGAUGUCAAUAUAUAUUUUUGAAAUACAAAAAAAAAAUAGUGUUUUUUUAAAUAUGUUUUUAUCUGCGACUGGUUUCAAAUACUUUUGUUAGUCCUUAUUCUGUUUCAGUAGCUUGAACAGUCUCUAACCUUGCUCAUAUAAUACCUGACAUAGCUCUGCAACAAUUUUGUGUACAAAGUCAAUGGGAAAUGAAGCAUCAAAAUUGAUGUGGAGAGAAGAGGCAUUUUUUGGUCCCUAUACAUGUGAAAUCUGUGGACCAAUCAUAUACUUACAAAGAGUUAGCGCAAAAUACCUUGUCAAGAUCUGCACCAACAAACUCAUCUUAUCAUUCAAUAUUUACUCAUGAUGUCAUAUCACUAGUUGUCUCUGCAAUUUUUUUACUGUGAAACAUAUGAUCUUUGUUUAUGAGCAUAAGUGGUGCGAAAUUUCUCAUCAUGUGUUGAAAAUCAUUUUUAAAAAUUGUUGCUUAGCUUUGUCGCACCAUAUUUGAGCAAGGUUUAUUUGUUGCCAUGUCUUACAGAUAAAUACAACUUGACAGUCUAAAUUCAUAGCAAUUUAUCAACAAUAUAUUAUAUUUUCAACUUACCCCCAGAUAUUGAUUUCCAGAUAGGUCUUUAUCACAAUCACAAAGUAAAAUUAUAUGAAAUGAGAAAUAUGCAUGGUUGGAAAUAUUGGCUGAAAUACAGAUUAUAGUUUGAAGAUCAAGUAUUAUUCCAAGUUUGACUUCAGAUUCAAUUAACCAUAACCAUAUUCUCAUGGUCAAUUGGCACAACUAUAUACAUACCAGAUGGCUUCAUUUCACACUUCCCUGUAAUCUUCAGUUCUUGGGUCUGCCCAGUGGUUAAGUAAAAAAAACGCUGGCCUUUUCUUGAAAUUUGUCCAAUGUUCGGCUCAUAUUCUUAGUGGAUUUUUGAAGUGUAAACAUGGAAUGUACUCUUGAUUUCAUCUAUACUAACCAAGAUCAUUUACCUGUCCAAUUGUUAUUUCAUUAAUCUUUUUCAGAGAAUUGUAAUCAUUUUACUUUUAUCCUGUAUACUUUAUAAUAGUUAGUGCAACAGAGUGAAAUCUGCUGAUAAGACUGGUUUAAGUCUGGUCCUUGGGUUUGACUGUGUCGCACUUCACACAUUGGUCCCAUGUAUUUCCUUUCAUCGUAAUGAGACCUAUCCUGUACUCUCCACUCAUUGAAAGUACAUUUCAACCAAUGCAUGAUAGCCUCUUGAUAUUUAUUAUCUUGUGUACACAUUAUAUAUUCAAAGUGCCAUCAUAAUACUCUCAUUUUGAUAAACAUUGUAUCCAGUAUUGUCACUAUUAUGGUUGGAGCCUUCCACCUUUAAAAACUUCUGAUGAGCACUCAAUACUCAAAACCUCGCCCUCCAGCAAUAAUUAUCCCCUUGAUAAAGACAAAGGCUUUACUUUGUAAUAUGUAAUGAUGGCAAAUGCCAUUACAUGAAUGGAAUGUCAAAUUUUGUUUUAUUUGGAUUACACUGUGAGACAGUUUCAUCCUAUAGUUACCACUAUCAGUCAUAACCUCUAAACUAGGAAAUUUUGAUUUGUGUGUCAAUUUUCUUAUGAGUCUCAUUACAAUUAAUAAAUUAAUCAUAACAUGUGCUUUCUUAAUCUUAUUUUCUCUAUAUCUAUACUUAUGUUGUAGUUCCUAAAAUAUGGUGCUGUUUCUGUGUAGAUAUAGAUUGUUAUCAAUAAGCAUGGAAUAAUUUGUAACCUUAUCAUAUGAUUCAUAUUGUUUCUUUCUAUUUUAUGGUGUGUGUAAGAAUGCCUUGAUAGGAACAUCAAUUAACUUUGUUAUAUGUUUUUCAAACUUGAGUUGCUUGAAGUAAAAAUGUAGCUCAGAAAUUUGAAAAAUUGCUGAAACUUGCUAGCCAUUAUGCAGGGGCUUGAAGAGACUGCAACACGGUAUUUGAGGAGUCUGUUAAAGUACAUAUUGGUAUGUUGUAGUACUUUUACGUAUCAUACAGUCAUGCUCUAAAGUUAGUGAACCACACUAGAAAAUGAACACAUAAGAAGUGUUCAAGUUCUAAAAUGUUUUAGAUAUGUAUUUGUGAAGCCAGAUGAUAAAAUAUUUUAGUCAAUAAUUUUUUUUUAUGGUUUGCCAAACAUUGUAUUGUUGUUUCCAUUCAACACUCAGCUGCAUGAAGGAGUGCAUUUUGUGGUGGGGUUCACUAAAUUUUGAGCAUUACUGAAUAUGGCAUAGUCGAGUGGUUAUAUGUAUUUCAUCCCCAUGAUGUCCUUCGCUCCAGAAAUAGACCAUUCAGCAAUCAAGGUAUUACCAGGACGUUUCAGCAGUUUCAAGACCCCCUUGAAGUACUCCUUGCCCCUUACAGAAGAAAUAGUGAUGAUUUUUUUGUGCCGUACAUCUAUUUCAAAACAUUUUAA